AUGCCCCCAGGAAAGGCCACCUCUGGCAUGGGGCCUCUCAACUCCAACUCCCCCACCCAGACAACGGCUCCCAACACCCGCAAAACCACCCGCUCUCAGACCUCAGUGGAGGAAAUUAUGGCAACCCGUAGUGCGGUCAUGGACACGGAGAGUGCAGAGGCAUACCUGGCGUCCAAACUGUUAUGUCAAGUCGGUCAACCAUUCACACUCACCCACCUCUCCACCAUUCUGUUUCAUAUCAGACAAAUGUUCACCGUCACCCCAGUGCCGGUGAAUGCGGCAAUUUGUGCUGUAGCGUUCCUCCUGAAGAAACAAAUGGUAUGCGAGAUAGCGGAAGCGGCAGCAAAAGAACUGGCACUCACCUUAUCUGCGUUAGCCCCCCAGAUAGCUGGAGUUCAUGCCGCCUCAGAGAGCCUAGCCAAGACUGCUCAGAAAACCGAGGAUACCCUAGCCAUUACCCUUGACAAAGCUGAGUGCCUGCACCGGAUAGCCAGAGAUGAGCGAACCGAACAAGAAGGUGGGGUUUCGGUAGCCUCCAAACGCCUUGAGGAAACUGCGGAUGCCUUAUAUGCCACGAUAACAGACUGUCAGAACACCAUCAAACUACUUGCCCCCUCGUUGGAUGCCACUCAAGACCGCACCAACCAUCUAUCCCUCCAAAUGACCUCUACCCCCACCCCCAUCAUUCCCCACGACCCAGCCCACCUACAGCUCUGUAGUGGCUGCUCACCUCCCUCCCAAGGUGGACCAAGCUGUCGGCCAAGCAGCUGUUCGGGCAUGCGAGAUCCUUCUAGACGCCACCCCAGGCUCGAGUCUAUUCCCACCUGGAACUACAAACAGGGAGAUAGUGACUCGCCUCAAGGAAGCACUCAAUAA